AUGGGGAAGAGCCGAGCAGACGCGACGGGAGAUGCGGAGAGCGAGCGAGAGAGUCCGCCAGCGAGCGGCAGCUUUGGGCAAGGAAAGGGUGAAUGGAUGAUGGAUGGAUGGGAGGAUGACCGUAGAAGCGCCGGGGAACAGGGGAGCAGGUCAGGGGAGACGCAGGAAGCCGCUGGGACGGUCAGAGCCGAGCUAUCAAAGAGGGAGGAAGUAGAAGAAGGUCAGGGCAGAGACGAGGGCCGAAAGACGAGCAUGAGAGAGCUUCCUGUCUUCUCUAUGCGUUUAGGUCUUGUUUUGCCUUGUGGCUGCGGCUGCUGA